CGCUCAGUCCGAACUCAGGGUUCACUCAGUCCACGAACGUUUGCCACGAGACUUCGAUCUCUCACACCGCAUCGCACACGCUAUCUCUGUCUCUCUUUCUCUCUCUCUAUUCACCCGCCUCGUAUCUCUCUCUCUCUCUCUCUCUCUCUCGCUCUCUUUCUCUCUCCGCUUUUUCCUUUUUUCCCGCUUGGCGGACGGAGAGCCAAGCUGGUGACCGGGGAGGCGCGCGUAGUAACCGUGCAUCGGUCUACGUCAACGGAAGUCUUGCCGUAGUAUCCUCGUGCUUUCGGUUACUUCGACCCAUAUAAUCGUCGUGCUGCGACCCCCGUUCGUCCGCUUCGACCGGCUGCGGAUCUACCUGCGGCGCAGCGAGGUUUCUGUGACUUUGAUAGCGGUGUGAAGAACCACAAAGUAACAAAAUGGCUGCGUUUGUGGCGAAGCAGAUGGUCGGAAACAAGCUCAAUGCGGUUAAAGGUGCGGUAGGCGGCGAAGGAGGUGACGAGGAUGACAAGGAGAAGGAAGAGGAGGCCGAAAGAGAGAGGCAGGAGGCUAUUAGGGAAGCCGAAGAGCGAAGAAAGGAGAAACAUCGCAAAAUGGAAGAAGAACGAGAGAAGAUGCGGCAAGAGAUCAGAGAUAAGUAUAAUAUAAAGAAAAGAGAAGAGGUACAGGAAAUGCCACAGGAAGAGCCUAACCCUCUGAUGCGGAAGAAGAAGACACCGGAGGAACUAGCGGCCGAAGCUGAAGCCGAAGAUGAAGACGAAUUCACUAAACUGAGAAAUACGAUAGAAACGCAAGUGAACGAGAUCAAGUCACAAAUUGAAAGUAAGUGCAGCCUCCAAUGAGCCUAUUGCAUCGCGCGGUUCGCGAGAAAGAUGACAACGAUAUCAUACGUCGUCGUCGGGCUCGCAUCCGCCCUGCUGCCCAGAGGAACAAAGGAGAAAGGGGUAGCGGAAGAGAUAACGAAGCAACGAGAAAGAGGAAAACUGAUAUGUAGAGUUACCAACAUUGGAACGCCAUCGUCGUGUCGAUCAAUCGGAGAUCAAUUCCAACAGUCGAUUGGUCGAUCGUUGCUUAAAGUGAACGAAAAUGAACGACGAGAAUGAGCCAGAAGAUAUCCCAAGGAUUUUCAAAGGAUUCCUAAAGGAUUUUUCAUUGCCGUCACAUUUAGAUGCAAUUUCAAAAAUCGAAAGGAUCCUGUCGAGGAUUUUAUCCUGCAUCGGAUUUGAAGUUAGUGAUGAAAGAAGAAUUACCUUUUAUGCAGAGAAAAAAGAUUAUCAAAAGAGUUGAAUGAUAUAUGAAUGAAAUAUUUGAAAUAUCGAAAAUAUUAAAUUUACGCAAGAUAUGCAAGAAAUUAGAAAGUAGAAGCUGAAACUUGGAAAAGAUGUGAUUUUUUUAUUAAAAUCUGAUAACUGAAUUGGUAUUGAUAACUGGAAGUAAAAGAAGAUUACUAACUGAACAUACAAAA